AUGUCGACCACGGUGGAGAAGAUCAAGGAGAUCGAGGCCGAAAUGGCUCGAACCCAGAAGAACAAGGCAACCUCGUUCCAUCUGGGCCAACUGAAAGCGAAACUCGCGAAGCUCAAGAGAGAACUACUCACACCCUCGGGCGGAGGCGGCGGCGGCGGCGCUGGCUUCGAUGUUGCCCGAACUGGUGUCGCGAGUGUUGGCUUCAUCGGAUUUCCAUCCGUAGGAAAGAGCACACUCAUGAGCAGGCUGACGGGUCAGCACUCCGAAGCAGCUGCGUACGAAUUCACGACUUUGACAAGUGUGCCGGGUCAGGUGCAAUACAACGGGGCGCCCUUACAGAUCAUCGAUCUACCGGGAAUUAUCGAAGGAGCCAAGGACGGACGAGGUCGUGGACGGCAGGUCAUAGCAGUCGCAAAGACAUGCCACCUGAUCUUCAUCGUCCUUGACGUCAACAAACCACUGACUGACAAGAGGGUCAUCGAAAACGAGCUCGAAGGUUUCGGAAUCCGAUGCAACAAGUCUCCACCAAAUAUCACAUUCAAGAAGAAGGACAAGGGCGGGCUCAACAUCACCAGUACCGUCCCGCUGUCCCACAUUGAUCAUGACGAAAUCAAGGCCGUCAUGAACGAGUACAAAAUAUCCUCAGCAGAUAUCGCCAUCCGAUGCGACGCGACUAUUGAUGACUUGAUCGACAUCCUGGAGGCCAAGAGCCGGAGCUACAUUCCCGUUGUUUACGUGCUGAACAAGAUAGACGCCAUAAGCAUCGAGGAACUUGACCUGCUGUACCGCAUCCCCAAUGCAGUGCCAAUCAGCUCCGAGCACGGAUGGAAUAUUGACGAGCUGAUGGAAGUCAUGUGGGACAAGUUGAAGCUGGUCCGGGUCUACACCAAGCCCCAUGGAAAGAUGCCUGAUUAUUCUGCGCCUGUCGUGCUCCGUUCCACGAGGUGCACAGUGGAAGAUUUCUGCAACGCUAUCCACCGCAGCAUCGUCGAACAAUUCAAAACGGCCAUCGUGUACGGAAAGUCUGUCAAGCAUCAACCCCAGCGAGUGGGGCUGGCUCACGAGCUUGCGGAUGAAGACAUCGUCACAAUCCAAAAGCGAUGA